AUGUCAGAGAAAAGCAUCUUUAAAGGUCAAAAUGUAGUGGAAUACAGUGCAUCUGAUCCAUUAGUUUUGUUCAUUGUUCAGGCAAUCCUUAUUAUAGGUCUUUCACGCCUUCUUCAUUUCCCUCUUUCUAUUUUACAACAACCUAGGGUAAUAGCUGAGGUAAUUGGAGGAAUUCUUUUGGGACCUACUGCAUUUGGUAGAAUUCCCGGGUUUUUAUCUCAUAUAUUCCCUGAUGAGUCUUUAGGUCCACUAAAUCUCGUUUCCAACCUUGGGUUGGUUUUGUAUCUAUUCGUAAUAGGAAUGGAGGUUGAUAUGAACGUAUUUAUUUCGAAUUACAAAGUGACUACUCUAGUGACCCUAAGUAGCAUCCUGUUUCCUUUUGCUGCUGGUUCAGCAAUUUCAGUUGGGUUGCACCAAUUUACACCCAACUCCAACUUUGGUGAAUUUCUUUUAUUUAUUGGAACAGCUAUGUCAAUUACAGCUUUUCCUGUUCUAGCACGAAUCCUUUCUGAAUUGCAUCUUCUUCAUCGCCGACUCGGCGUUAUCGUUUUAGCUGCUGGAGUUGGAAAUGAUGUUGUUGGAUGGCUUCUUUUGGCCCUAUCAAUUACAUUAGUAAAUAGUGGAACUGGUGUUCAGGCCAUUUACGUGUUGUUACUAGUUUGCGGUUGGUGUGCCUUUUUGUUUGUGCUAGUAAAACCUUUGUUAAGGUACUUAGCAAUGAAGACAGAAGCUUUGGAAAAGGAUCCAUCAGAAUUUUUUAUUUGUAUACUUUUAUGUUUCGUAUUAAUUUCUGCCUUUUUUACGGACAUCAUUGGUGUGCAUCCUAUCUUCGGAGGAUUCCUCAUCGGAACAAUUAUACCACAUGAAAAUAAUCUUACAGUUAAAAUUACAGAAAAAAUUGAAGAUUUGGUCGUGUGUCUACUGUUACCAUUGUACUUUGCUAGUUCCGGUUUAAAAACAAAUAUAGCAACUUUAAAUGAUGGCAAAUCUUGGGCUUACACCAUAGGGGUGAUUUCAGUUGCGAUCUCUUCUAAAAUAUUCUCUAGUACUAUGGCUGCUCGUUGCUUAAAAAUAUCUUGGUCGGAAUCAUGGGCAAUUGGUUCUCUUAUGUCUUGUAAAGGGUUAGUGGAAUUGAUUGUUUUAAACAUUGGACUUUCAAGUGGGAUCUUAGAUGAAAAAAUAUUUACCAUGUUUGUUGUCAUGGCUGUUGUAACUACCUUUGUAACUACGCCGAUGACUAGAUUUUGCUUACGAUUUGUUCAAUCUGAAAGCGACCAAACGAUCGCCAGUCGCAGGGAUAGUAUUCCUGAAAGCUGGUUUUCAAGCUAUAUCUACAGGUUGUGUUUGCUAUUUCACCAACCAUCUGCAACAUCUGCUGCAAUGCUAUUUACUAAUUAUUUGGGUGAAAGCUAUAACCACAAAAGUUCAUUACUUUCUAUGCCCGUAUAUGAACUUCAGGGUAUUUCUACGACACAAUUAGAAUCCAGAACAUCUGCUCUGCUAAAAGCAUCACAGUUUCCGCAUAAUAUUACUAAAGAAAAUACGCUAGAAAUGUUCAAAAUAUUUGUUCAUCUGAAUGAGUUGAGGUUUAGCGAAGAUCACGUUUUUGUGGAUGAUGUUGACUUUGCCGAUGUAAUAAUUGAAACAUUGAAACUAAAAAACACUCAAUUGCUUGUCGUUCCUAUCUUGAAAGAAGUAGAUAUCGACUCUUCCUCGAAGCCCACUUCACAAUUUUCUUCUAUCGAUAGAGUAUUCGGCUCUUUUGGAAAAUUCUUUCAUUUAUUAAAGAUUUUUAAGAAUAAAAGAGUACCAUUUGGUAUGUUUUUAACCCAGAAGAUCUCUGAAGUCCAUGUUGGGUUUCAUCAAGAGAAAGACUCAUGGAAUGGGUCCAUAGUCCUUCGGGAUAAUGAAAGUCAGAUUUCCAAUAAAGCUCUGGAAAAAAUGGACUUUGCUGAAAACAUCACUGAAUUACAACAGCAUCGUGGGGCUGGUAAAAAAAUAUUAGUUUAUAUUUUCACGGGUUCUGUGAAUGAUAUCUUGGCACUAGACAUGUUUCUAAGUUUACUACAUGAUAAUGAAAGUACGGCGGUAAUUUAUCUUCUUGAAGAAUAUAAAGUUCCUUCAGUUGAUAUCAAACGACCUGAAGCAGCGUAUUCAUUUGAACAGAUUUUCUCUAAUGAAAAUGAGCAUCAGAAGGAGACAUUUUUGCCGAGAUUGAGAAAGAAAAUGAAGAUAGAGAAAAACAAUCCAUCUGUCAAUGCUUCCAGAGGGUCCAGCAGUUUACCUCAACUCAGAAGCUUUUCCGUUUUCGAAGCUAAAUUGGCAAAGGUGCACCCGUGUAUACGUUCAAGGAUUCGAUUUAUAAGAUUUUCUUCGAGCGAUCAAUUGAUUACUUGGAUACGAGAGCUUUUACCAGGAUCGAAUACGUUAAUAAAGAACCAAAAAGUGCAAUCCUUUAUGAUAAUGGCUGGUUGCGAGGAUGCAUCAGACUCCCACCUUGACGUGAAUAGCGAUGGGAUGUUUUUUUCAAGGAAUAGACAAGGAGAUAUUAUUUCGAAUUAUGAACAUAUAUUCGGAAAUUGCAUAUUUCGCUUGCUGUUGGAAUUCCCAUUGAUCGACUUUUUCCUGGCAAUGAACUCUUAA